AUGGCCGGCGACGUGCGGCAGGGCCAAAACCAAACCCAGCCGACACCAUGCGGUCGUUCACCUGUAAGCGCCACGACCGUCCUCAAACCAUCCUCACUCCAGCCAAACGGCACCACGAUACACAACAUCGCAAUCAAGCAAAAAUGCGGUCAAGUCUCCAAGCUGACGAGCUCGUCUCAGUUGCUACCGGGUUCCGCCAAUGCUUCACCCACCCCAGAUGCUCCCGCCAUGUCGCAUUCUACCAGCAUGUCCCAUCACACUUUAUCGACAAACCAAACCGUCUCGCCAUCGACGUUACAUCCUGCGUCUCCUGCGUCCGCACAUACUCCCACAUCUCCGCCUUCCAAGCCUUCUGAGUCGGUCAAAAACCCAGACACGCUGGAGAAAUCUUUGCCCCCCGCCGCCCAGGAGUCAUCCAGUCCAGUCGCAAACUCAACACUCCCCGAAGCAGCGCCGGUGCCUCCGAAACCCAAGGGACAGCAGGGACAGCCCGCACACGAUCCGAGUCUCCAGCUUCCCGGUCUCGCGGCGGCGAACCCUCCGGGCUUCUCUAAACCCAUCGAAGUCGAAGCCGCGCCCUCCACCACCUCACCUCCGGUUCGCAAUCCCCCGGCAGGCGAGGCGGCCGCUCAGCCAGUCGCCCAGCCAGAGUCCGCCAACCCCGCCGAGGAAGAUGAAGACUCGGGUGAGCCACCGGCCGGCGCCUUGGCACCCACUCAGUCUUCUGGCCAGGACAAGGCUCUCCCGUCCGAGAUCCUCAACCCGGGCGGCGCAUCUGACCCUGCCGACCUCUCCUCCGCACCAAGCACUCUUACGACGGACAUCUCCUCUGCCCCAUCCCGCAUCGCCGUGACCACCUCGGUAACCUCUGACAACCCUGCAUCCAGCGGUCCUGCAUCCGAUAUUGCCGCACCCACCGUCACCAACAGCGUCGGCAGUGCCGCGCCGACCAAAACCCCUCCCGGCAGCAACCUGCAGCUGCAGACCAACCAUGGCGGCUCCGGCCCGCCCAUGGGCAUGAUCAUUGGCGCCGCCGUCGGUGGCGCCGCCGCCCUCGCCAUCCUUGCCCUCCUCAUCUGGAUGUGGCGCCGUCGCGCGAACAAGAAGAAGGAACUGGGCCGGCCGCUUACACCGCUUACUAGUCCAGGACACCAGCCCGCCGACGCCGCCGAGGGGCCGUUUGCCGCUGGACGGCAGGCUUCGACGAGAGCAGCCCGGCACCCGCUGCACGGGUGGUGGACCUCACACGGCGUCAACCAUGACGGGGCGCCGGCCAUCCCGCCCGAGCACGGCGAGAAGCAGCCCUCGACGAACUUGCUCGACGAAAAUCCCUUCUCCGACACGCACAGCACCGAGGCGCAGCGGACCGCCCCCAUCCUCACGCCACACCAGCAACAGCUUCGUGGCAUCUUAAAACAGCCCGCCGGCGCGAUGCUACACAGCAGACACCCAUCCAACGCUCCCUCCAUCGGGGCUGCGGGCGCCGGCCAACGCUCCCGCGCACACUCCAUCAGUGACCAGCGUGGGCGUCCGCCAUCGCAGCCGCAACAGCAGCGUCCGGCCGCUUCGCGGCGCACGUCGUCGCUCACCCAAGAUCCUUUUGACGAGCGGCGCACCAAGUUCCGCUCCGAUCCAUUCGACCUGGAGCUCGACACGCGCAUGUUGUCGUCAUCGUCCAGCUCACAGAGGAGCGGUGAUGCCCGAGCGAGUUCCGUGUACAGCGCCGGCACGAGCUCCAGCUCCCGGUACACAAGUGGCGUGAGCAGCACCGCCUGGACGGCAGAACAUGCGGCCCCCGGCGGUGGUGGGCGGCCGGGGGCCUCGGACAGUCCGACGCUGCCGCUGGGGCCAAGGGGCUAUGUCGGCGUUGGUCAGGCCAUGUAA